AUGUCAUCCAUCGGAGAGACAGCGUCAAGAUACUCCCCAGGUCGACGAUUCACUCGAAACGCAGAACUGCCUGGAGGCCAUCAGCAUUCCCUUGGACUGAUACCUCUGGUGGAACGGCCUAGCAUUUGGAGAACUGCAUUAUCCAAAAAGUACAAACAAGUGCGAAAAAGAAUCUCUUUACCCACACUGAAGGUUACCCUCCCGGGCGGGGCCGAGGAGACAAAGGCAAAGUCAGAGACGUUGGACACUAUCGAAGAGACGCAGGCGAAUUUGGAGACGAAAUAUGGCACAAGGUGGAAGACCAUUGGCCGUGGUGCCUACGGAACCGUCAGCGUUUUUCGCAAAAUAGACAUCGGCAGCCAUGAACAGAAACUGUUUGCUGUCAAAGAGUUUCACCGACGACCCCGCCAGCAGUUUGCUUCAUACCGUGACCGAAUCGUUGCCGAGUUCUCCCUCGUAAGCAGCCUACAACACGCGAAUGUGAUACAGAUCCUCGACCUUUUUUACACUGGGCAAGACAACUUCUAUGAGGUGAUGGAAUACUGCGCUGGCGGGGAUAUGUUCUCACUCGUCCAAUCUGCUGGCAACCUCGAAGCUGAAGAGGCAGACUGCUUCCUGAAACAGCUGAUGCGUGGUGUCAAGUAUUUGCACGAAAUUGACGUGGCCCACUGCGAUCUCAAGCCUGAGAAUCUGCUUCUGACUCCCGAGGGAAACCUUAAAAUCACCGACUUUGGAUUCUGCCAUUAUAUGGCUCCUUCAAAGGACGGCGGGGUCGAGCUACUAUCUGGGAUGCGCGGGUCACUGCCUUAUAUCGCACCCGAGGAGCAUACCGACGACCAAUUUGACCCACGCGUCUCAGAUAUUUGGGCCUGUGGAGUGAUAUACAUGUUCAUGCGUGUCAGUCGUUACCUCUGGCUAUCUGCCCAAACUGACGACAAACUUUAUACCACGUACGUCAAAGAUCGACGAGUAGAAAAAGGGUACGCGCCGAUAGAAUCAUUGGAGAAUACUCCAUGCCAGAAUGUUGUAUAUUCCAUGUUGGACCCGGUCCCUUCCCGGAGGCUCACAGCUUCGCAGUUUUUAAGGUCAGAAUGGGGCUACGCGAUACAAGUUUGCAAGUCCUGUGAUGUUUGA